AUUUUUGGAGAGUCUUUCUGCUGAGAAAUUUGGCGAGAGCGAGCGAGCGAGCGAGCGGAGGAGAAGAGUUUCCGUUAUCCUUUCUCUCUCUACAGAAAACCAGUUUUCCCCCUUUGUGUCUUCUCUCUCUCUCUAGAAAAAUCCAUCGAAAUCUUAUCGCCCCCUAAACCAGAAACGAAUUAGGGUUUUUCCGUAUCUCCUCCUUCAUCGAAUCCACCCAAUCCUCUUCUUUAAGAUUUCCGUAUUAUCUCCUCAGCAGCCAGCCAGCCAUGGUGUCCGAUUCAAUCACCCCCAACGCCUCCAUUCCUUCCGCCCCGAAGGAUUUCGCGAAGAAGAAGAGGGCCAAUAGGUCCGCCAGAUUGAAGCAGUGCAAGCUGGAUGCCCGUCGUGAGCAAUGGCUUUCUCAAGGAACGGGUAAGAGCAAGGGAAGCCAGGAGCAGAAGAUGUCUCCUCGUGCUUCUCAACCUCCUCUUUCCCCUUGCAAGAACAAAGAGAGGAAGAGGAAUCCGCUUGAGAAGUUGGAGACAAGGAGAGGAGUGGUGGGUGAAGAGGAGAACGAGAAUGAGAAUGGUACCAUUCAUCAUCAUCAUCAUCAUCAUCUCCAUCAUCAUCAUCACGACUUCGAUACAGAUUCACCUUCUAGUAGCCCCAUCAGCAACAGUAGUGUGCUUGGGGUUACUGAUUCGGGCACAAAUUUCACUGCUUCUUCGAGUUGCAGUGGAAGUAGCAGUGGGGGCUCUUGCUCUGGCAAUAUAACUGAAGAUGAGGAAGAGGAUGGAGAGGAGGAAGGGGAGGAGGAAGAUGAUAAUUGCUUGGAUGAUUGGGAGGCUAUGGCAGAUGCUUUAGCAGCAAAUGAGGAUGCUAAAGAGGAGAAGAGCCCAAAUGAUGAUCCCCAUUUGGGUUCAGGGUUACCUCGUGAGCACGAGCCUUCAAUCCAAUCACAUUGUUUAGGCUCCAAUGUCAACUUGAGGCCAGAAUGCCCGCGAGCUACCCCUCCGAGAACGAUGUCAUGUAACACUCGGGCCUGGAGGCCAGAUGAUGCAUUCCGUCCACAGACCUUGCCCAAUUUGGCAAAACAGAGAAGCCUUCCACAUACGAACAGACCCUAUGGUCAAGGUGGGCUCGCUUGGGCCAAAUCUCUUAACACGCCUUCCAGCUGUCCUAUAUGUUGCGAGGAUUUGGACCCCACAGACUCCAGUUUCUCGCCCUGUACUUGCGGGUUUCGGCUUUGUUUGUUCUGUCACAAGAGGAUUCUUGAAGAGGAUGGUCGUUGUCCUAGCUGUAGGAAGCCUUACCAGCAGGAGCAUAACAAAGUAGAGGCUGAGCCAUGUGUACAUGGGGGUAGCCUGACUCUAAGGUUGGCUCGCUCCUGUAGCAUGAGGUCCUAAGCAAGCAGAGAGUAGAUGGGUGAUCUCGAAUUUGUGUAUGUUGCGUCUAAACUGUCUCCUUUCUUUUGUCACGCAUGUCCUUUGUUUCUAGUUUUAGUCUCUCCAAUUUCGUAGAACCUAGAUAUUGCGGACAUAAGUGGUUUCUGUUUCCCUUUUGGCACCCCAGGAAUUUGAGCUAGUUCUGCAAGGUUCGGUUCUUGUCGUGUAUGGUGCGUAUGCUUACUACUGUAGAGGAUUCAAGUAUGGUAAUGUGAAUAGAGAAGAUGGUAUAGAAACAAUACAUAAAAGAUGAUUUUGACAAAUCUAGUUCUGAGUUUGUUUUGUGCUCUGUGGGACAUAUAUUAUAAUUUGUUAUCCACUUAUGCUCAUGGUUGUGGACUGUGGCUUGUUCUUAAUAUCCCUUCCAGUUGCCUUUUCUGUUUCUAUCCACUUCAAUGACUUGUUUUUUUGUUUAUAUAUCUGGUAUAUAUAUAACGCGGCCUUCUGUAAGCUUAUAUAGUCUGUGCUAUAGUCUAUAGACUCCCCUUUUAUCCAGCGCUGCAGAAGGCAGCACAGCUUAGGGCAUACAUCUGUACUUAUUUUCUUUUACUAAUGUUUUGCGUUCUCUAAUUGGUUUAUGGCAACUUUGUGCAAGCUCUGUAUUUAUGGAGCUUUGUCGAUGGUCAUAUGACAACCAAGUCCCAUUAUUCCGUGGGGAUAGUUACAAGAUUGAGUGGUAAUUUUUACUGGAAGAAAGUCUUAUCUAGGUGCCCCAAAAUGAUGUAGAUACCGCAUGUUGGCUACUCGUUAUCGUGUUGCAGUCCAAGAAAACAGCAGAGGAAAACUGGGUUGACGUUAACAUAGUUUGUUGUGUUUCAGAAAGAUAAGUUUGUUGUACUAAGUUAAAGCAUGCAAGAAAGAGGGGAGUGAUGUUGUGGCUUCUGCUUCAGCAUGGUUGAAUGUCUGAUCCGGGAAUCUACAAAUACUUAGAUUUUGAUAUGUGAGCAUAGGUCAUCCCUGAAUCUGCUAAUCUUUCAUGUGGCUGAAUCUCUUUUAUUGCUUAUAAGUUACAUUUCACUUGGCGAUUGAUGCAGCAAUCUGCGCUGCUUGCUUUGGGGUUCUGUGGUGUGGGU